GCCAUUUUUUUUCUCCUGCGACCCCGUGAACUUCUUGGUCCUUUUCUUUUCUUCCUCGGCCGGGUCACGCGUGCAGCAGAGCGCGGGCAUUUCGGGGGCGCCAUCAUUAAUAAGGGAACGCUCGAGAAGCGAGAAAGCGUCGGCUGGGGAUUCUCUUGGACAAGUGACGCCAACGAGGGAGGGUUCCGUGACGACGGUUUCCGAAAUCCCACGAUCUCCUCCGAGAGUUUUGCCGCUGUGUGCUGGAGAGUCGUUUGCUGCAUCAUCGCCUUCUGAUAGUGACGCUGUGUCGGUGGAUGGUGACAAUGACCGCAUAGAGGCACCAGAAGCUGAAAGCCAGAGUUCGCAGUGGUGUCAGUGGUGCAUGUCAGUUGGUCCACUUCCCUGGAUCCCCUCUUGUUGCACCCAUUCAGCACACUCCACCAUCCUCUGCCACCUCCAGCUAUUAUUCCCGAACCGGGGCACUCGUCGACGCAUUGGACCUUUGGCCGCACCGCAGUCACGGCACGCCUCCCCAAGCUUAUCGAGUUACCACCGCGGGCUGGGUUGUCAGUGGCGGCCGAAUCCUGCCACAAGAUCCCAAAAGCCCAGACCGAAGUCGAUCGCGAUUUCUGGCCAACAACAAUAGCCGCAUUGCUUUCCUGCACCUUUAACCCCGCCGGCCGCCCUGCACAGACCAUCGUCGCCCGUCAUCCAGCUCCCCUCAAGUUCGAUAACCAACCCUUCCCUUUCCGACAUCCGUCCUCGGUCCAGCCUAUAUGACAUCCCUAGAGCAGAGUAUCCUAUUCUGAUCCUCGCGGCGUCUGCGCAUUACCUCAGUCACAAUGGCUGCGGCCACCGAAAGUGGUCUGGACGUCGACUGGCUGUUGCAUUCCAAGAAAGGUGUGGUCCCACAAUGUCGGCUCUCAGUUGCGCCUGCUUUUGCUUCGUCUGAACAGCCACUGUUGAAGAGAAGGGAUGCACUGACCUUUACACCAGAUUUGGCACAUUCGGUGGGAGACAGAAAUGGCCGAAAGCCAGAUUCACAGUCCUCCACAGCCUCCCGAGGCAAUCAGCGCGAGCCUCUCCCUGCGCAACCUCGACCUGAUCACACACCACUUAAAGAAACGCAAAAUGGAAUCCCUCCAGCAGUCCAGCAACAAAAGUCUACAGUCACCGUCAAUGGCAAGGAGAACCACUCACAGCCUACGCCGCCGAAGACAGGCCCGACUGUCUCCCAGCCUACCCAGAUCCAAUCCCCCAGACCCACGAUGUCGAAAGGCCAAAGUACGGAGGACAGCAAAAAAGGCCUGAGGCCAGGUACCCCCAACAAGAAGGAGGGCAGAAGGAGUUCGUGGAUUGCGAGUUUCAGCUCCAAGUUCUCUUCUGCAAAUUCACCGACACCUUCUCGCAAUUCUAGCAUCGAUGUACAACAAGCGAACAAUACCCUAACGGCGUCUCCUCAGCCAAGUCCGAAGAUCGAGUUAACGAAUCCAUUCGAGAAGAAUCGAUCACCUAAAGAUGGACAAAAAGAGGCCAAAAAGGAAGAAUCCAAACCACCUGUCGUCACCCAUACUGCUCCUCGGCGACCUUCUGUCCUCGUCGCUGCCGGGAAAGAAACAAAAUUAGAGCAUCCUGGAUUUCUGUCGAGUGCGCUCCGGAGACUGUCUUCCUCCACCAGCACUACCAUGGGUAAAGGCGCAACCAGUGGAGCAAUCUGUCCAAGAAGGGUUAUGAACGUCGACCCCAACCGUGAACGCAUCAAGAUCAGCGAGUUUGACCAGAACAAGCUCAAGAGAGUGUCUUUUUGCGUAGACGUAGAGAUUGCUGGAUUUGCUUCUCAGGCCGACGAAGACCCAGAGCAGUAUCAUCGCCCAGCUGUGUCAAACGCCCAGAAGCAGAACAUCUCCACAUCCGACAAGCAAGUAACCAGCAACAAGGAUUCAAAGGACGCAAGGACCAAAGAGAAAGGUGAAGGGGCGGCCUUGAAGGCCCCUCAACCGGUAGCCGAGGAAAAGGAAAAGGAGGAGGUAGAGCCGACUAAACCACAGCCAGAACCUCAGGCUCAGCCACCGGAGGAGAAAAAGGAGGAAAAAGACAAAGACACAUCAGAAACGCUGCAAGGCCCCGAACCUCUCGCCGUGCCCGGAACACGAAAAAAGGAGAAAAAGAAACGGUCAGAAGCCGAGCGCAAAGAACGUAAAGAGCGAAAAAGACGACACGCUGAAGCAAACGGUCUGGUGCCCCUGGAGUUGACUCGGGAAGACGAUGAUUCGGACUCAAAUUCAAGCGCAACACCACCAGGCGCCUCAACACCCAGCAGGCGGUCUGCGGAAGGGACUGAUGGUCGUACGACGGAUCCUCUAAGGAUAUACAAGCGCUGUUGUCAGUUGCGCGAAACCACGGUUCUAAGCAAAGUCAAAGAGCAAAUAUCCAAGCCUUCCGCAGGUGUGGCAGAAGCCCCUGGGACCGUGGCCGUGAUGGAUCUUUCGGGGUUUCAGAUGCAGCUGCAAGAUAUUGUAACUUUGGGCGACUGGCUCGCUAUCGUUCCUGUCCGGAAACUCGUCCUAGACAACUGUGGGCUGACAGACGAGGGCGUCCGAGUGGUUUUGUCGGGCCUUUCGAGUUGCAAAUCUGCAGAACAAACUCGACAGAACAGGAAAUUGCCGAAGAGACUGAGCGGGAAGAGCGGCAAGGAGCAAAUGGGUGUUAUCGAGAAGCUCUCUUUGAAGGACAACCCCGGGAUUACGAAUCUGGGAUGGAGACACAUUGCUCUUUUCAUGCAUAUGUCACGGUCGCUAAGGGCUAUUGACCUGUCGGGGAUCCAAUUUCCCAAGGCAGGCGAUCUCUCACGCACAGUCUCUACAACGAGUUCCAACAGCAGUGGAUCAAAUGACACAAACUCGAAAGUGAUGGAUCUGGGGACUCUGAUUAUCUACGCAUUGUCUGAGCGUUUGGGCGACAAACUUGAAGAGCUGAUCCUCAGUGACUGCGGCCUCGCUGCUGCCAAUAUUCGAGACCUAGUGGACUGCGCCAUCAAAUGCAAGAUCCGACGGCUGGGUCUUUCGGGCAACAACCUGGAGCAAGAAGCUCUCGGCUACCUCGUGCGAUAUAUCAAGUCCGGCCACUGUGAGGGUCUCGAUCUUGGAAGCAACGACCUACAUGGAAUUGCAUAUAUCCUUGCAGAAGCUGCUGACAGAGAUUGCCCCUUGUUUGCAAUCAGCUUGUCAGAUUGUAAUUUGACGCCCGGCGAUCUCAAUUCGAUCUUGAUACCAUUUGCAAAGUUGAAGAACCUCAAGUUCAUCGACCUCUCCCGCAAUAUGGCGUUGUUCAACAGUCAACCCAGCGCCGUCCCGGUCUUCCGCAAACUCCUCCCAAAAUUGGCGCCUUUGAAGCGUCUCCAUCUCUCAGAUGUGGGCAUGACGUCUGAACAAGUCAUUGCUUUGGCCGAGAUCCUGCCGGAUUGCCCAUCAAUGGCCCAUCUCAGCAUCCUGGACAACGCGCCGCUGAUUCACGCCAUGAAUUCGAGAGAUGCUAGCUCACAAGAGGAGGCUUGCGCUUUCUUCGCAUCCUUGAUGACCGCUGUCAGGGUGUCAGAGACUAUUGUCGCUGUGGAGAUUGAAAUGCCUAGUGCAGACAGUAGUGAGGUUGUCAAAGCACUGGCGUCACAGGUCGUGGCUUACAGCCUUCGAAAUAUGGAGCGCACAACUCUCAGCGAGGUCGGCGUCAAGCCGGACGAACUUACCGAGAAGGACGCCCCAGAAGUGUUGCUCCACCUCGUUGGUCAUAUGGACGGCUACGCGGCAAAUUACGAUAAGGACGAGCCAGCACCAGACGAGGACUAUAUGAUUGCAUCCACAGGCAUUGUCAAAGCUUUGGGUGUCUGCUUGGAUCGCAAGGACGGCAACAGUCGCGCACAGUCUAGAAAUAUCAGUCCUACGGCGAGUGGAACCUCCACGCCGCGAGGACCGCUCCGGCAGAGGACGGUAUCCAAGCCUCGGGAUGUGAGCUUGGAGCUCUGUGAGAGUGCGAGAAAGAUCAGGCGAAGGUUGCAGCCUGUCCUGGUCAGAGAAGAUCGGGCGGGAAAUCACGACAACUAUCGUCGUCUUUUCUUCCUCGACCAGACUCUUCAGCGGAUGAUACAGAGAUUCGAGGACGAGUAUCCCGAGACCAAAGUCACAUCCUCGUCUCCUCCAACUGCCAACGGCAUGCCUUCACCAGAUCCAUCGAUGGGAGACACCUCUCUGCUAUCGGGUUCGGUUGAUUCCAACGGAAUGCUGAAGAUGGCUGAUGCUGACGACUACUUCCCGGCCGAGCGUGAGGCACAAGACGAAUAUGCCCUGAAACUAUCUCGAACGUCGUCCAAUACGUCUCUUGCCGCCAAAGCUUUUACAGACGAAGAAGGCCGCAUGCACCGUUUUGGACAGAGUAUACGGAGAGAAGUUCUCAAACCUACGGGUAUGGAAGAUACUCUGCAUGGAUCCCAUGUAACCGACUCGGACCCACCUCAUCUGGCUGCCCUCCGGGCGAAGUUGGACGAAUUCCGUGGCGAGGACAUUCGGUACAAAGUCGAAAGGGAGGGCGCGGACAAUGUCGUGCGCGAGCUAGGCUUGAACGCUCAAGAGCUUCUCAUGCUGAGGGAGAAGGACCCCGAAGGCUUUGAUGCUUUCAGAGAGUCGCAGCUGGCUGCGCAGAUCAAUGCGGGCUUGAUUCCCGUGGACGAGAUGAGGAGUGCGAAGGUGUGAUUGACUGCCAUCUGAGUGGCAGGGUGCAAUGUGGAGACGGAGGUCUUGUAUAUCAUGUUGGAUGCUUGACGAUAUUUUGGCAAUAUGCCCUGUGAGCGAUUCUGUUUUGAGAUCGAUCUAUAUGAUGACGACGACGACUUUGACGAAAGGGGGUAUCUCACCGGUACCAGACCUGGGCUAUUACUUGGAGUAAUGUUUCGAUGUUAAUUAGCCUGGACAUGCAUUCGGCUGCACGACGACGACUUGCCUGACGAACGAAGAAGAGGUGGAGCAGAACAGUGCAGAGCAGAGUAGAAAGGAAUAUACUCCCUUGCCUCGACCAGCAUUGGCGACGACUACGAUGAGCUCUGUCUUUCCUCUUUCAAUUGUUGAGUAUCUUGUAUUCUUGAUGGCCUCACAUCGGUGCUGGAGGGCACAGCGCUUCUACC